GUAAGUUCAAUUUGCAUUCAGUGUUAAUCGGACAAAAAUUCGUGAUCGUUCGCAACGGACUGCUAGAAGUGUCGCGCAUUUCGUAUUUAUUAUUAUUGAGUGAUUGAUAAUCCUGCAUACUCCCGCCGCAGGGAUAUCCUUAUACAUACAUAUUAUAUAUUUUAAGGUCCGUGUAAAAUGGUGAUAGAAACGUGGAAAAAGUCGGGAAUAGCAACAAAGUUUCCUUCUUAUAGAAAUUCAAGUCUAAUUACAGCUAAAGGCUGGCUUUUGGGCAAACAAAAUGAUGACGAAGCUGAGGGUUUGUGGCGAAUUUAUGAUGGAAUUUACGACUUCACAGAUUUUAUUAAAAAACAUCCUGGCGGUGAAUUUUGGUUAACCGAAUCUAAGGGUACAGAUAUUACCGAAGCAUUUGAGGCCCAUCACAUCGCCACUGGACCACAUAAAUUGCUAAGUAAAUACAAAGUUCGAGAUGCAAAGCAUCCACGCAUUUACACACUCACACUUCACGAAGAUGGCUUUUAUAAGACAUUACGCGAGCGUGUGCGUGAGAAGCUGAAAACCAUUGACAAAUCACCGCAGCGGAAGAGCGAUUUAAUACACUUCUCACUACUAGCGUCCAUUUUUAUUUUCGCUGUACUUAGCGCCCGCUUAAACAGUCUAGUGUGCUUAGCCUUGGCCGGCACUGCACUCUGCUGGACCACAAUUGUUUCUCAUAACUACUUUCAUAGACGCGAUAACUGGCGCAUGUAUGCGUUCAAUUUGAGCUUGAUGAACUUCUGCUCGUGGCGUGUCUCUCAUGCACUCUCUCAUCACAUCUAUCCGAAUUCCUACUUUGAUCUGGAAUUGUCAAUGUUUGAGCCGUACUUUUGCUGGGUACCAAAUCCACAUAUCAAGAGCAAGUUAAUGCGUUAUCUUUCAAUUAUCACAGAACCGGUAUUUUACGCACUCGCUUUUCCAUUGCAAAAGAUAACCAGAAUAAUUUUCUCGCUGCGUCAUGACAAUGUCAUGUAUUGGCACGAUAGCUUACCGCUAAGCAUUCCACUUGCGAUUUUUCUCUUUUCGGAUUUAUCACUCUUCUUAACGUUGCGUCAAUGGCUCUUCAUUACCAUGAUAGCCAGUUUCGCUUUCUGCGUUAUCGGUUUGAAUGCUGCCCAUCACGAUCCAGAGAUUUAUCAUGAAGGUGAUGCUCAUCGCGAAGAUCGUGAUUGGGGUCUCUUCCAAGUGGAUACCAUUAUUGAUCGUGGCGAUUUGAAGGGUUCUCAGUUCUUGGUGUUGACUCAUUUCGGUGAUCACAUCUUGCAUCAUUUGUUUCCCACUUUGGAUCACGGCAUACUACCACAACUUUAUCCGAUUCUCUAUGAGACAUUGGACCAGUUUAAGGGUAAAUUGCGUGAAUGCAAUCAUUUAGUACACUUGCUUGGUCAGCAUAGGCAGUUGUUGCGCACCGAACCGAAUACCAAGCCGCCCGGAGCUGAUGACUAAGUGGUGUUUGAGUUUAAAUGUAAAACCUUUUUUUUUUAAAUAUGUAUCUUAAUAUGCUUGUAAAUAUAUACUAUGUAAGCGUAAUUGAUUGCUUAAAUUUAGAUAUUUAUAGCACAAAUUUGGAUUAUCUACUAAGUUUUAGUGUAAAUAUGAAUAUAUGUACAUAUAUCCACUUGAAUUUAAGGAACGAAUAUUAAA